GAUCCCCUGCUCAGCCGUUGUUAUAUGCACAUGGCACUGCCACUUCUCAUUUCCAGUUUUCGUCCAUUCCAACGAACCAUCGCAUCAUGCAACCCGCUCUCCUCACUGCUCGUUGCCUCACUCAAAUUCCACUUCAAUUUCGCCGCCUUUCAAUAAAUCACCCCAAUCCCCAUCUCAAAUCCUUCUCUUCUUCUUCUUCUUCUUCUUCUUCAUCAUCUUCAAGUCCCAUAAUCUGUUUCACUUCCAUAAAAAAGCCCAAAUCUCGUCGUUUGCUCACGCUUUGCUCCUCUGCCGGCCCGAAAUCCUCCGAUGCUAAUUGCGAAUCGGUUGCGAAAGAUCGAACAGAAGAAGAGGCCUUGACGGCUAACCUUGAGUCACAACAGGAGAGUGGGUGGAGAGUGGAAGUGGGAAACCCUAAUGUCCCUCCGUUGGUUUCAACGGGUAAGCUGAGCCUGAGCGACCAGGCUUUCUUCCUCUUGGCCUUCAUUGCUUGCACGUUAUUGAUGCAGACAUCUGCGGCAUUUGUGAGCCUUGUUAUUGCAGCAGUACCAACACUAUAUGCAAUGGGUAAAGCUGCAAUAUCUCUUUCAAAGCUGUCUGACACUGCUCGUGAGGAGCUUCCUAGUACAAUGGCUGCUAUCCGCCUCUCCAGCAUGGAAAUAAGUGAUCUUACUCUAGAAUUGAGUGACCUGAGCCAAGAGAUAGCGGAUGGGGUCAGCAACUCUGCUCAAGCUGUGCAAGCAGCCAAAGCUGGAAUUCGGAAAGUUGGUUUCUUUGCUCGGCAACAAACUGUGGCAAUGAUUCAGGAAAGGGCAAACCUGCCCCCAAUAUCUUUGCAGCCGGUUGUUGCUGGGGCUGCAAAGAAGACUUCACGUGCCGUUGGCCAAGCCACAAAGAACUUUAUCAACAUGAUAUCUGGAGGAGAAGUUAGUUCAGAGAAUCAAAAUGAAAACAUGAUAGGAUAGAAAAUUGACAAGCUUAAACAAUUUCUCUUUUUUUUUUGGCCACUCUGUUUGAAUUGUGAAGACCGAAAGCAUCACCCCAGAAUUGUAGCUGAUUAAGAUUAGGUACACUUAGAUUUUGUUUUGCGGACUCAAAGUUGCAGUCAUUAUGUAAUUAGUAUACAUCUAGAGAGAUAUGUGCACGUACUACAUGCUCAUCUGUGCGCGCCUUAGUGGCGGCUCUAGGAAUUUGUAAUAGGGUGUUCAAAAAUUACCUUUAACUCCACUGGCUGAUCAACAUUUCUAUGGUAGACUAGAAUACGAAGGAAUAUUGUUCAAGCU